ACGUACAAGAAGCAACCUAGGGGAUGACCUAUUUACGUAUUGCGGAAAUGAGUAAAGCAAUGGUCAAGCGUAGUGCAGUACAUCAAAAACAUAAAUUUUACCAGAAACAUACGAGAAGACCAAAUUGGAUUUUAAGCUCGGUGGUCAGAUGAGGAGGGCCUGCAGAGUUUUCCCUUGUUAUCAUCCUUUGUUGUGAUGGCAUUCCUCCACAUUCCUGGCAUAACCACAUUCCUUCUGCUCCUCAUUCUAUCAUAUUUUGCUCUUUUACUUUUGACACAUCUGCCAUUUGAUACCCCUACAUUUCCUUUUCCUCAUUUACCUUCCUCACCAUCAUGCGGUCCAGGUCAGUCAUGGGCUGUCCGGAUCCAUGCUGAGCCACAUCAUGCACAUGAACAGAACUCUGAAGAACUACAUGUAAUUGCCAACCAGGUAGCAGAACAGGCUGGGCUGCAUAACCAGGGCCAGAUUGGACAGUUAGAAGGCCACUACUUGCUUUGUUCUUCUCAAUCAGAUGAUAAUAUUUGGAAGAAUGAUCGCCAUCCUGUGAAUGUGCUAGCAAGCCACCCAAAUGUCCUUUGGUACUCCCAAGAGAGGUUGUUAAGCCGCUCCAAAAGAUCGAUGGCCUUCAAUGACCCUCAAUAUCCUAAACAGUGGCACCUGCACAAUGAUGUAAAUAAGGGCAUGGACAUCAAUGUGACCGGUGUAUGGGAGCGCAACAUUACUGGCCAAGGAGUCACCGUUGUGGUAGUUGAUGAUGGAGUACAACACACGCAUGAAGACCUAAAACCAAACUAUAGUCCAACGGGCAGCUAUGAUCUGAACUCCAAUGACCCGGACCCUAUGCCCCACCCAGACGUUCAUAGUGACAACCACCACGGGACUCGAUGUGCUGGCGAGAUCGCUGCUGUUCCAAAUAACAGUAUUUGUGCUGUGGGAGUGGCCUAUGGUAGCAAGGUGGCAGGUAUAAGGGUUCUGGACGGCCCACUGACAGAUAGCCUGGAGGCCAUAGCCUUCAACAAACACUACCAAGUCAAUGACAUUUACAGCUGCAGUUGGGGUCCCGAUGAUGAUGGACACACCGUGGAUGGGCCCCAUCCUUUGGGCAAGGCUGCACUUCAGCAUGGAGUCAUUGCUGGAAGACGGGGUUUUGGAAGCAUCUUUGUGGUUGCCAGUGGCAAUGGAGGUCAAUAUAAUGACAACUGCAACUAUGAUGGUUAUGCAAACUCCAUAUACACCAUCACUAUUGGAGCCGUUGACGAGAUUGGCAGAAUGCCCUAUUAUGCGGAGGAGUGUGCAUCCAUGUUGGCAGUCACUUUCAGCAGCGGUGGAAACAAGCUGAGAAGCAUUGUAACAUCGGACUGGUCCAUGCAGCAGGGGACUGGCUGCACAGAAGGCCACACUGGCACGUCUGCUGCCGCCCCCUUGGCAGCCGGAAUGGUGGCCCUCAUGCUGCAGGUCCGGCCCUGCCUCGGCUGGAGGGACGUGCAGCACAUCAUCACUUUCACUGCCACCAAGUGUGAUAACAGUUCUGAUUGGAGAGAAAAUGGGGCAGGAUUCCAUCACAGCCAUCAACAUGGUUUCGGGCUCCUAAAUGCUUGGAAACUUGUUAAUGCCGCUAAGGUAUGGGAGCCAGUGCCAUUUCUUGUGUCCUAUCAGAGCUCAGUGAUAGGGGACAAAGUGUCCAUUCCAUUAUAUCCAAAGAAGCUGGUUCGCACUUGGGAAGUCACUGCUGCUGACUUAGAACUGUCUGGGAUGGAGACACUGGAGCAUGUGGCUGUUACAGUGACAAUAAACCACCCUUGUCGUGGCAACCUGGAGAUUGUGUUGUUCUGUCCCAGCGGGAUUCCGUCAGUCAUUGGGGCUCGACGGGCUAUUGACAGAGACUCGGCAGGAUACCAAGACUGGACCUUCUCCACUGUGCGUUGCUGGGGGGAAAGGGCUCAAGGCCAGUACCACCUCAAGAUAUCUGAUCAUAAGGAACCAUCGUCUCAACAAUGUGCCAGUGUGGGAGAGUUAAAGCAGUGGAAGUUGACACUGUAUGGUUCUUCUAUGACAUUCAGGGAAGUCAAGGAUAGACAAAUGCUGGUGGAGGACGCCAUGAGUGGCAAAUACCUGGACAGCAACUUCUCUUUGCCUUGCUCUCCAGGCCUUGAUAUUCCAUCUGAGAUUAUCAGUCCAUUCACCUCAAGCAGCCUCAGGUUUCUUCUUUUGCUUGGCUGCUUUGCACUUUUCUGGUCGCUCUACUACAUACUUGAGGCCACCUUAGGCCACCUGGAUCUCACAGGCCUCCAAUGCCUGUCUUGGAGGCAAACAGGUCACAGAGUCAGGAACGGUCGUCGAGCGAGAGGAGUUGAGGAGGCAUUGGAUGAUGAGGAUGAAGGGCAUGAGGAGCAAGAAUCUGGGCUGGAGCUGCGUGCAGUGCUGGACUCUGAAACCAAAGUCUUACUUAUCAAUGGAGAGAAGACAUGAUGGAGAGUUUAAAAAAAAAAAAAAGGACCAAAGUGCUCUUUGGUUGUCUCAGGCUUACACUCCCAACUUUUUUCAUUCAGGUCACUGCAAUUUGUUUUUUUAUGUGGUGUUGACUGGUCAAGUGGUUAAUUCUGAAUUGAAUUGGGGAUGGAAUUUGUUGUAGUGCAUAGUAUUGAAAUGUAAGGACUUAAGUGAACUUUUCAAGUCUUGGUACAAUUGUUUAUUGAAGAACACUGGGCUACUGUUUGUGAGGAAUGUAUUGUAAGCACUUUAUGAAAGCUUGAAUCUGCCGUGAUUAGGUGGGCUGUGCCUGUAUGUGUGUGUGAGUGUGUGUGUGAGUGGGGGGGGGGGGUGUUGGGGGUCAACUAGGUCUUCCUCUGAAGUAGCUUCAAUUUCCAAUCCAAUUAUGAUACGGAUAUAUUUUAGGAAUACAAGUGAUUUUGAAAGCAGACACUUUUGAAAUUAUUCGAGAGGAGUUCUCCUUAUGGGUUAUCAACCAACUACUGAAAAAACUUGACGUGGAUUCUUCCAUUGUGGAGUAAAAGUAUAUUCUUAUGGAAGUGUUACUUAUAACAUGCCUUAUUCACUGUACAGAACUUGUGCUGCCUAUUAAAGAGUGAUAAGUGUUUUUAUACAAAAAGGUUUUAUAUACUAUAAGUUCUCUUUCUCCUGCUGUACAAUUGAAGACAGGAGUUGUAAGUUGUGUUUUGCUGUGCAAGUCACAUGAUUUAGUGAUGACAAUAAAGGACUUGAUGAAAUAUUUUCUCGUGGUUAAUUCUGUGGUACUCUAUUCAAUCAAUCAAAGCCCUGUUAUUUUAAAAAAAAUGUCAGUUUUCUACCCGUGACAAGAACAAUGUCGAUAAUAAAACAAUAUAUGGGUGGUGUAACUGGUAUUACCAAUUACUUUUUUGUGUUGCACAAAUCACACGGUUUAUGCACACAUGUAGUUCCAAGUCUUUUAAUAUGAAAAUGUACAAAACAUCAGUGCUGAUACAGCAGGCAUAGAUAGCUGGAGGUAUGGAAACUUUUUUUUUUUUUGUAAAAUGGUCAAUUCCCUUUGCUGAUAUUUAUUGCUCUAAUAGUGUUGAAGGUAAUGUGUUACUUCUUGCGAUCAAACCAACAAGUUGGCUUAUCACAUAACCUGAUUCCCCCCCUCCCCCCUCUCCUAAGCAAUGCUUCAAUUUUGUAUUAUGCAUACAAGUCUUCAUUAAUUGAAUGGGAGUGACAACAGUGCAGGCGAGGCUCUGUGAAAGUCAAUGGAGUGUUUUUGUGUUAAAAGUUGAGACUUGGGGCCAUUCAUUAGAGAGUAGGUAUUCUAUGAAACAAGCGAUUUCUAAAUUAAAAAGAAUUCCCAGAGAACCUUUUUACCAAGGUCAGUGUUUACAGGCCUUAUGAUGAUGUAAUGGGCAACAGACGUGUAAUUUCUGUGUCUCGGGGAUUUUUACAGGAUUUGUCUCGGUCUUCCAUAGCUCAUCCCUUCUUGACUGGCUCCCUUGUUUGACCCCAUCUGGAGUCCAAUCACAUUUUUGCCCGCCUUCAUCUGAUCAUCUGAAAAUUCUCGCUUGUUCUCCUGUGCUUUCCUGAA